AUGCGCCUCGGCCACCGGGACACCAUGACACUGCUGGGGUUGCUGCAUGUCCUUCUCUUUCUGUUCUUCGCCGUCGUCCUCGUCCUUCCCAUUCUUCUGUCUCUCCUGCUUCCCGCCUUCGUCCGCCGUUUUCCGCUGUCCAAGAGCGCAAAACGCAGACUCGUCUAUGUCGUCCAAAGUGCGCAAGCUUCUGCUCAGCGACGCGUGACGGCGUCGGAGCUCACAGGGGAAGGGGCCUCGCGGUCUCCAGAUGCUUCCGAGCCGCAUAGCGCCACUCGCCUCGUUGGAAACGUGUAUACAGCUGGUCCACCGCUUUCAGAAGCUGCCCUAAACCAUCUGGAUGACAAGGACGACUGGUUCCUCACCGUCGUCUCCAUCCGGUACGCAGGUCCUCUCCACUUCGCAGACAUCUCCUUGCUGCUUGAGCAGGGGAAAUGCAUCUCUGAAGAGCCGCUUUCUCCGCCGCAUCCGCCGUCGGCCGCCUCCCCAGGGCCCGUGGCAGAGCCACAGGCACAGCCACCCCGCGACAAGCCAGGCGACCUCGCUGAACCGCAAAGGGCGACGCUGCCUACCCGCCACACGUUCCUCCCGGUCGCCCGCAUCGACGUGGACGACGUUCGACUUCGUCUGCGGUCCAUUCCCGUCUCCGAGACGGCCUCUGGCGACGGGGACGAAGAGACGGCGCGUGACCGAGCAGAGGGCCUCGUGCGGCGACUUGGUCCGCUGCUGCGCCGAUUUGUCCGACGCCUCGGUUUCCAAGCAGCCUCUGUUCUCCCUUUGCUGCCGCCAUGGCUCUUCGCCUCUCUCGGAUUGUCUUAUGUGGUCGCACGCCUGAAAAGCGCUCGACAUGUUGCGGAAGAGGACGGUUCAGCGCCCGCUUCCGCAGCCAAGUCUGCACCUGCAGGCGCGACUCAGCAUUCUGUUGAAAAUGGGUGUCCACGCCCAGGUCAGGGGGACCCUUCGGAUCGCUUUGGGGAACCUUCAGAGCAGCGCAAAACGCUUCGAUUGCUGCUCGAGUGCAGCAGCGUGGGCGUGCAUGUCAGUCUGACUGGAUACUCAAGGCCGGAGCUGGACGGCGCGGCCCCGCGGGUCUCGGGCGCAGAGGUCCGCGGAGCGCCUCGAGAGGAGACCUGGCAAGGCGGGACUGCAGGCUCGGGAGAUGCUGGAGAACACAUGGAGACAAAGGCGGAAGGCCCGGCGGGAACAGAGGUUCUCGCGCGUGCCACAGAGGAGAGUGCAGCCUGUGGCAUCGCUCUUGUGCCUGAGUCUACGGGGCCGAGUCCGUUCGUUUCGUCUCCCCCGCGGUCUGCGUCGAGUGGAUUACGGGAAGCACUGCAUGCACACAGCUCCUUGGGGGCUUCAGGGCGACAAGCUACCCUGGCGAGCGGUGGCGAAAACCCAAGUGGAGACAAGAGGCCCGCAGCUUCGAGACGGCCUCAGCGUUGCAUGUCGUACGAAGAGAAUUCGUUCUUGGCUCUGGAACCCGUUAGGUCUCGGGCAGACGGCGUGCAUCUCCUCUUUUCGCCGAGAAAGAGCGACCGAGUCUCCGGGCCCACGCCGCGAGGGGCGUCGCUGGAGCUGGAGGCGACGCGGGCGGGACAGAAGAAAGCAGGCGCGAACAGAGACUCACACGCUCCCUCCUUCGGCGUCAUUGGACAGGAGACACCUGCAAGGCCCUUGGGAGCUUCGCGCCCUUCCCCCCUUUCUCCAGCCUCUUCAGCGGCGCUGCCGGGCUCAGCUUCUCCACCCACGUCGCCUUCGAAGCGUCCAGACUACGAGGCAUCAGCUGCUCGCGCCCCCGCCCCGCGAGCAAGUCUCUUCCAGUCCGUUCUAUUCCUCUGCACGGUCCACCUGGCAGCCCGUUCGUGCGCCUUCCGGGUCUACCGGCUGUACCUUAGCGUCUUGCUAACUGCGUCUUACAGCGACUCCGACGAGAACCGCGAGCGGUGGCAACACGCACAUGAGGAAAACCUCCAUUUGAGUCAGCGAGUUGUCUUCGCGCCUUCUGUCCGCGCCAAGGCUGCAAGGGCGAAGCGGAAGGCGCGCAGCGAGACAUCGGGAACUGAGGUAGCCGGGGCUCCUCGUUUGCGGGUGCGGGCAGGGAUGGCGAAGCCCGCUCCGAACUGCGCCCCGGCACUUUCGGCGUCCCACGGAGACAGUUCCAAGGAGACAGGCUCGAGGAUUCGCGCCGAAGAACGGGCCACCACGGCCCCCGGCACGUGGAAUGCAGCUUCGCCCGCAAACGUUCUCUCUUCCGGGCCCGCCGCGGAGUCGCGUGCGUGGAUUUCCGCGUGCUUCAUAGUCGUCAUUGAAGAUCUGCAGGUUCUGCCGGGCGGCAAGUUCGCGUCCCUGCUUGUCGACGUCGCUGUGAAGAGGAGACUGGCUUUGCAUGUGCUCCACCCGUCGGCGGAUCUCCACCGGAUCCUGCCGCUGGAUGUGACUCAGUGCGUGAAUCCGCUGCCUCGGUUUCUCGCGGCCGUUUCUGCGUCCCCUUCCGACGCCGAAGAGACAGGCGAGAAGACGACUUGCCAAGACAGCGCGCGAGCCCGGAGGAAAGUGGCAGAUGCUCGACACAUGCGUGAGAAAGACACUGCUCAGGACAUCGUUGUGCCAGCCGAAACGUCCCCCGGCCUCGGCUACGUUGGUUCUUUUCUUUCGUUCUAUACUGAGCGCUUCGGCGCAUCGCCGUCUCCGGCUCUAGCGGGCCCGUCACCGGGUCCUGACACCAAACUGGCGCCAGAAAAUCCGCACUUUUCUGCAGCUUGUACGUGUCUCGUGCCUCCGUCUUCGCUGUCUAGUCCAGAAGCGGGAAGCGCGGCCACCUUCCACCCUACGUUCCCACCACCAAGUGUGCCUCUCGACUCUGUCUCUCGUUCUGUGUCUCCUUCUAUGUCUGAUUCGUCCUUCCGGCCGGCUCCGCCCGUCCCUGCGACCGUCUCUACAUCUCCUCUGUGCCGAGCACUAGGCGACGCCGUGGCCACUGCCUCGACGCUGCUGCCGCCGCUGUUCGUGACUACGUCUCUGGGCAUUCGCAUGUUCUUUGACACGGCCAUCUCGAGCUGCGGGACAGCGUCGCCUCAGCUGUCGCUACCAACCUCCACGACGCAACUGUCGGAGCUCUGCAGAACCGGCGGCGUGGCGCACUUGCUUCAACGCAGCGUUGCGGACCACCCCCAGACGCAGAGGCGGCCCGGCAAGCUUUGCUUUGUGCGCACGGUCGACGUCGAGCUGGCCUCGGACUUGCUGGUGAAUCUCCCGCUGAACCAGCUCGGGCGCCUCUUCCACCUCUACUGGGCCUUCGCCUACGCGGCGCGGCUCCGUGCGCUCUGCCACCGUCCCGCCCCCGGCGAGGAGAUCGCGGCACAGAACCCGACGCGAGUGCUUCCGGCGGGGCCUGCGGACUGCCCCUCGCCCCCCGAUGGAGAUCCAGACGCGAAGGAAGAAAUUGAGCUCGUGACCGAAGAAGUUCCGAUCACAGCGACGAUUUCGCGCGUCGCAGUUCACGUAUUUGAACGGUCCUCGGCCUCGGGCCUCUUGCUUGAUGCCGCUCAGGUCGCCGUCAGGCUCGACAUCGAGACGGCCCUCGUGCUUCUCCGGCCCCGCGCGCUCCUCCAGCAGCAAAAAGAGGACGAGCGCCAAGCUUACUGGGGCAAACAUGCGAACGGGCGCCUGCGCACAUUGGAGCGGCACGGUUCGCGCAGGUUCUGGGGGGGCCUCCACUCUCUGCUCCACACACAAGGCGCGGGGGACGACAGGCCACUGGGAGAGCUCACCGAGGCCUCAUCCCAGGGGCGCUCUGCUCUCCAGGGAUGUCCAAAUCCCCUGCAUUUCUCGGCUCGCGAGCGCGAAGACGACGACGCAGUGCAUGCGAAGAGAAAAGAUCGAUCUGGGAGGCGCCAAAAACCAAAAAGCGAGCCGAGAAUCGUCGCGCGAACUCGCUUUCGAUUUGCAGUCGGGACCCCCUACGCCCGACUCUCCCAUGCAUCGCUGGAAGUGCCCGCUGCACCUGUCCUUCCCCUGCCCCUCGAGUUUGAAGAAACACCGGAGGUUAGAGAAGCGAAAUGCAACUCAAUACCCGCCUCCACGAGGAGCCCGACAGCAGACAGUGCAGCGCAUCUCCCUCGCCAGGCGUCGGAGGUGGUCGUCGAACCGGCGCCGGCCGUGGAGCCGGGGGAGACGCCGAGGCCUCCGUUGAGGGGCCCCGAGGGCCCGUCGCCUCCACCUGUGACGCUGCAUGGCGCCGUGAGGCGAGACCGGAAAGUGGUGGUCCAAGUCGUCGGAGAGCUCGCGAGUGUGCACGUCGUGGGAAGCUGCCAGAAGCUGCCUCGGUGGCGACAGAGCGUGCGAGUGACUGCGGCCGCUGCGUGGCUUCUGUGGGUGGAGAAGGGCCUCCUCUACUGGUUGAUGCUCAUCUUGCAUCUGAAGACCAUUUGGAAACUGCAAAAGCAAACAGCCGAUGAGAAACUUGAGAAGAUGGCCGCUUUGUCCGCGUCUGUCCCAACGCAGGAUGUAAGCGGGGGCCCGCGCAAAGCCGCGCCUGUGUCUGGGCGCGUUGAACCCGAGAGCAGGGCUGUGCCUUCGGGAGAUCAGCGGCGAGGCAAGUCUCACGAAGAAUGUCGGCAAGACCCUGCGCACCUCCGCGGGGAGCGAGGCGCGGGGGAGCAGGUGACGACAGAGGAGACAGGAGAAGCGACGGGAGAGAGAACAGACAGGGCGCAGAGAACCGACAGCGGAGAAGACACAGGCACUCUCACCAGCGCCCAGGAGACCUCUGAAGAAGACGAAGAGUCGAGGGAACUCCGGAGGCCGUUCAUGCACCCCGUUGCUUCUUUCGCAACCCCGGUAUCGAGCGAGAAACCCCUUGACACUUUGCUCGAGGCCGAAGAAGAUUUGUCUGCCUUCGAAGCCCGAUGUGCGAAUUGCUUCCACGCGCGCUUUUUUAACAUUUGCGUCUUCUCGCCAGUCACGCCGCUCCCGCCUGCCUCGCCCUUCGCGUCCCUGUCGUCGCUGGCGUUCGCAGAGUCUCCGCGGGCCUCUGAGGCGCGAGAAGACAGCGACGACUCUACUAACUCGACGGGCGAAGACAAAGGCAAUCGCGAAGGGGAAAACACGAGAAAGAACCCCGAGGGAAACGCGUCCCGAUCCCGAGCUGCUAUCGCUCGUCUUGUCAGCAACGUCCUCGUGGUUCACUCCUCAGAUGUGGCGGAGUCAACGGCGGUGGCGAUCCUGCCUCUGCGGGUGGCCCCGGCGCUUCUCGACUUGCCUGUGUCUGGGCCGCAGCCGAGCGCGAACGCGGAAGGAGCGUCGAAGAAGAGCGCGGCAGGCGACGCCAGUGCGGCGAGUGGGAGGGAACAGUCUCUGGGGCAGGGACUCAGGGCGACAAAAGCACAACUGCCGAGUCCGGAUCUUUCUGGUGAGGCGCGGGGAAGCGUGCGGAGCCGAGAGCCGGACAGCGAGGCAGCAGCAACGUUUCUACCGUACCUCUUUCCGGGUCGUCUAGCUCGGACCGUCACUUCUCAGGCGAGGAUUGCCGAUUCUCCAGUUGCAAGACCACCUACGUGUAAGACCUCGCUCUCCCCCGAACUGAAGUCGGACCUAGGCCUUGCCGCAGACGGCGUUUGCGUCGCUGCAGAGUGCGCGGCUUUGCUCCUUUGUCUCCCCUUCGCUACGCCGGAUGUGUCCAUCGAGAUCAGCUCGCUUCGAGCGCGCGUGUGCGAGGACUUUCUUCUGCCGUUCCAGAGCUUCCUCAGCGCUGCUCAGUCCGACAUGAUGGCGCAUCGCCUCGCGAAACUGAAGGCGGACGUUCCGGUAGCCAGUAGCGUGGAGCCGCGAAUUUCGAUUCGCAUGUGCGACGUGGACCUCCUUCUCACCUCCAAUUUGGCUCUCUCGACAGAGCGCCUCCUCAUCAACAUUCAGCCUUUCGACCCUGUGUCUCCGGCGUCCUCUUCGGCCCUUCGUCCUUCCUCGUCGCUAGCUGAGGCUUCUCCUGCCCCGCGGCUGGAUUCUUCAACCUCGCCUUCUUCAGUGGUCUCUGCGUCUCCGCCUGCGAUUCGUCCCCGAGUAGAUGUGGCGCUCAGUGCGCCGCGUAUUCGCUUCGUAUCUCUUUCGUCUUCACAGGCCCCGCCUCCGCAGCGAGGCCGUUUCGUGGCACCGACCCAGCGGACCUUCGCGCGGAGGGGAGUGGGGACCUCUUGGGCCACAGGGUCAGAGACGCAGGUCCCGGGGAAGCCGUCUACACCGAGCCUCGGGCUCGAGCUCUCAGGAGACGAUUCCUGUGACAUGUACAGCGACGCUUCGUCGCGGUCUCCCGCUGCGGGGCGCCGUAGUAGCACUUUGCCGCCUUUUGCCGCGCUGCCGCCGCUAGCCGACGUGUCUCCUUGCCUGGCAUUUGUGCCUCUCCCACUCCCUCCGCUUCUCCAUUGCGCGACGGUACGCGUCUGCGUGAAGGUCAAGACGCCUGCAGAGUUUGCCCACUCGCAUCCAGAUCCCUCGCCGGAGGGCCAGGCCGCGAGCGGACGUGGACAGGGGCCUCCUGGCUUCAGGUCGGGGCCGUUCCCCACCGGGUUGCCUUCUCGCGAGAACAGCGCUUCUUUCGAGUUUUCUGUAACCUCGCCGUCAUGUGGCGAGUCGCAGCCGGACGUAGUGGCUACAGAUGGGGAAAGGCCCCACCGUCUGCUUCUAUCGCCUUCGUCUCCGUUGGCGCAUACCCGAAGGUCAACUCUCGCCAAGGCCAUGCCAAGUGCGGGAGCUGCCCUGCGUUCUCAGGGCUCUGCGGAGUCCAUGUUCGCUGUUGCAAGCGUGCUGGACCUGCCCAGCUCCGCUGUCGUUUCUCCCGGAUCCCGCGGCCCCGCAUCGCCUGGAGCCCUGUCGUCUGCAGGCGGGGCUGGCUGUCCCGCCCGAGACCCUUCACCGGCCGAAAGUGGCGGAGACGUCAGCCUGUCUUUCGGCGCCUCUGCGUCCAGCAGCCCAGCGUCGCAGGCCGCCUCUGCGCCUGCAGGGAGGUCUCCAGUGGUUUCCGCGUGGGAGCAGCAGCGGGUCUGUGUGUCGAUUAUCGGCUGCGAGGUUUGUCUGCCUCCGCCACCUCUCACGCCGACUCGACUGCCGGGCGGCGAAGUUUGCUCGCUUCUCGCGCACCUCGUCCAGUCUGUCUCCGAAAGCACAGUUGUCAUUCUCCGGACCGUGCACGCCGCGUGGCUGUACAACAGUCACUUCGCGCAGGUCCAGCACAGCCUCUUGGGUCUCGAGGCGCCUCGACCCCACAGCUUCGACGUGGCUGCCCCGUACUUCCCUGUUCUUGUUCAUCCGUCUGGCCUCUCGUCUUCACGUUCUUCUCAGUUUCCUUCUCCGUCUUCGCUGUCGCCUACCACCAGCGCCACUGAGGACGCGACAUGGGGCCCCUGCCCCUUUGAAGAAAACAGUUCGCCUCUGCCAGGUCCCACAUGCAGUCGAGAGCCCCCCGCUUCAGGUCCUGGUCCUUCCUGUGGGCCUUCGGCGUCUUUGCCCGGACCCGACGGCCAGUCUUGGGGGCCCAGCGCUCGACAGUUCGCUUCCACGGCUUCGCUUGCUCUUCCCACAGCGGUCGAGCUGAGCCUUCAGGACUUCCACGUUGCGGUCCUCGCUCCGUGUGCCCUUGGGACGCACCUUGAGACGUCGUCUUCGUUUUUGCCUCUCUGUGGAGACCACAAGACCUGCGAGGAGGACCAGACGGAGCACUUCUCUGAAAGCGGCGGCGUCACAGGAGCAGACCUCUUCCUGUUCCUGCCGCCUCUGGUGGUUCUGCCCGCCCUGCACGCUGCCGUCGCGCGCAUUCGUCUGACAGACUCUAAUGGCGAGGUCGAAGCCAUCAACGCGGCAGCGGGGGCUCGGCGCGCCCCUCGCUCUUCCGGCUCCUGCUUUCUCUCUUACUUCCCUCAACAAAGUAUCUGGCCACGCGUCUGUCCCCCGCUGCUACUCUUCGGGCUCUCCUCCGCCUCCGUCGCUUUGCAAGACUCAAACAUGCCUGGGUGCGCCUCUCUCCUUCGACGAGCAGCUGCGGCUUCUUUCAUUCGUCCCUGUUCUACUUCGACAGCGUCGGCUUCACGCGGGAACUCCCCGGAAGGUCCUGCGGCGCCCGCCGGUCCUAAGCCUCCAGAGUCUGUGAAAACCAUGAAAGCUGCAUUUGGAGAAGCAACCCAGUCCCUGGCUACUCUCUCUCGUGUCUCCUCUUGUUCUCUAGUCUGCAGCGAGAAGAGGCUGGACGACGGCGAUCAGCUGUGCGUGGCGAAGCCGGAAAUAUCCCGUCAACUCAGCGACGGCAGGGAUUCCAUCUCGCGUGCAGGCGCCGCGACCAGCGCGCCGGACGCGAGCCUGAGGCCCCCGCCACUCCCACAACGAGGCUCCCAGGUGACAUCUGCAGCCUCCAGGCCGAAAAUGUCGCUCGGCUGCAAACGCGCGUCUUUUGUGACUCAGGUGAUGGUGAAAGAUUUCUGUCUGCUUCUUUUCUCUCCGGCGUCUUCCUCCCAAGCGACGGUCUCCUCGGCUGCCCUGCCUCUGUGGCCUCUGUUCCAGCGCCGGCAGCGACCCCGAGACGUGCCGAGGGCCGAAGACACCGGUAACGCGCCGCCUGAGGCCUGUGGGCACCAGGCCUCCUCUCGAGACGGAGAUGAGGAUGCCAGGCCAGGCCAACGCGUGGAGGUCAACGCUUCCCCGGCUUGGGUCCUCCAGGCUUCCCUUCUCCACUGUGCAAUGACCCAGCAGCGCGCGGUUCUUCGGUUCCGUAAACGCACCGGCGCGCGCCUCGACCCGUCCCUCUCGAGGGCAGAGACCGCUGCGAAAUUGUCGGUCUCUCGAGUCGCAGAGCCUCAGAGAAGCCACCAUACGGAGACAGCGCCUGGUCUUUCCUCGGCCACGACUGCAACGGGUUUGUCGGCUUCCUGCACACCUGCUGCGGGACCAUCUGUCUCUGCUGCGAAGGCGGCGCCUUCGGCGGGACGACACGCCUCAGCGACCCCAGAACGCGGGACUUCAGAGGCCGACAUCGUGGCAGUCGCGACGCACUGCGACGGCGGCAUCCAAGUGCGCUGCUGCGCGAGCGUCGCGGAGACAUGCGCCGCGACGCUCGUCUCUCUCCGACUCCUGGAGAGCCUGUGGGGCCCAGCCGCGACCGCAGAAGCAAGCCGGCUCGAAGCGUCCAUUCGGACGGAGACUGCAGUCUUCAAGGCGCACCUGCUGGGGGCCCGCCGGCAGGCCCGCGUCGCGGCUGCAGCGGUGGCGUCGGUCGGCGCCGCCCUCCGAGCUGGCUCAGUGCCACCUGACUUCCCCUCAGACAAGCUGUUCAACAUGGCUUGGGCGCGAGCGGCCCUUGAGGAGAACCAGCGUGAGAAGGCCCGACGCCUCGCAUUAAAGGCUUCGAAGGCUGCGGUCUCGGCGCGGCGCGUGGCCCAGGCGUUCCUAGUCGACGUCUCGCAGUCAUCUGGAGCUGAGGCCCUCUUUGAAAUGCGAGGGGUGCCGCUGCUGCGCCUUGCUGUCCCCCAGGCCGCCACGAGUGUCCGUGUGCAACUUGCAUGGCCCUCGCCCUCGCAGGGCCUUCCGGUGGCGAGUGACCGAGGAGCGACCAAAUGCGCCGAGGACGACGUCGAGAGGGGCGCGGGGGUAGAAGGGCGAACGGUGACGCUCGUAAUCGACGACCGAGGACAGAGGAGAGCGGGAGAGGCGGCGAGGGAAGGAGGACAGGAAGCGAGGGACGUUGGGUCGAGAAGGGAGCUUGGAAAAGAGAGAACUGCGAACGGAAGACGAGACGCAGAAACACGGACAACGAUGCCGACAUGUGGGUCCCGGCUUCCGAUCACGGCCUCCCUGGAAGCGCGCCUGGCCCUUAGGCAAGGCAUCCAGUGCACGACGAUGGUGACCGCAGGCCGCGAGACGCGACAGCGUCUGGGCGCCAGUGCAGAUGUGGGCAAUUGGAGCACAUCGAACGCCGGGAGGCGCGGAACGCGAGAAGAGCGAGGUGAAUCCUCUUCCCCUCCUCUACUCCACAUUGCGCAAGUCGACGUUUCUCUGGCUGCCCAGCUGGUGGGACAGGAAGGCGCGACGACUCAUGCUGGAGCUCGCGGCUCAGCCACUCAUUUCCCGGUUUUCAGAACAAAAGGAGUAUCUCCUGGCGUUUCGCCCGAACCUGCUACGGCAGGAUCGGAGAAGUGGGCAGACCGCAUCCUAACCAGAACGGAGGCGAAGCAGCUGCGGCCUUCGGUCGGGCCUUCCUCUCAGCCACGCCAGCACCUCCACGUCUCUCUCCAGGCGCAGAUGAAGGGCGUGCACGCACCCGUAGCGCCGAGCAGCGGACUCGCCAAGAUUCCGACACGCUGGGGUGGCGGGCGUGAUGGCGGGUGUCCUUCGGGGAAACCAGCGGCGGCAAGCGGUUGUGGUCAGGAGCCUUUCGGGGCUGAAGAGGCGUUCGGUGUUGGGGCCUCCGCGCAGACAGAGGGCGAAGACCAAAGACUCUUUGGGCCCGUCCCGGCGGCCCACCUCACAGUGAACUGCCUGCCCGAGCAUCUGGCGCUGUUGCUUCAGCUUAUGGGGACGCAAGCCGAGCAGGAGCGUCUGCUUUUGCAGCUGCUGAGGACGCAGGAGCGGCUCUUUGGCGGACAGUCUGCUGCUGGCUCCUCGCCUCUCGACGCGCUGCAGGAGAAAUUAACAGCCGACCUUUUCCUGCACCUCGCCGCCUCGGAUUUGCAUACGAAAUUCGACCUCGCUCGCGCCUCCAUCGCGGCCAUCGAGUAUCGCGACGCACUCCACUUUGGCGCCUUCACGGCAUCGCCUCGCCUCCUGUCUUCCGACACGGGCCGGCGCCUUCCAGGGUCCAGGGAUGCCUCGCACUCGCGCAGGGGCGUUCCGCCCUUUCGUCUCCAUCCUUCGGCCUCUCGCCCCUUCCCGACACACACCGGCUGGGGCUGCAAAGAUAUCGGUCACGGUAACAUUUUUUUCUCAGAGGAUAGCGAAUCAAACGAGGAGCAGAGCCCCGAGAGACUCGGAAUGUCAGACUCAGAGGCCUCGGCGAGCGGCUGGGAUCGGACGACAGGAUCCUCUCACUCGGAGGCCGAGGUAGAAAGGCCGAGGAGAAGGCGAGAGUUGCCAGAGAGAAGAAGAAUUUCCUCCCCCUCGCACUUUGCGCCUGCAGAGAGCGGAAGCGAAGUCAAGUCAGGCCGCGUGGACAGCCAGUCGGCGGUACGCAGAGACAGGCAAGGUCAAGCGAGGGUUCUCAGGAUGGCAAGACCCCACAAAGACAGCGACUCGGAAGGACGAAGCAGAGGUCGGGGACGGUUCCUCGGCUCUGACAAGCGACGUUCUCUUCCUGCCGGUUCCUCGUCCAGCGAAGAGAGCCCUCGACGAGGUACGGACACCAGAUGGCGAGAGAAUGAAGAGGGAGCAACCGACCACAGAGCUUCAAGUAAGAGAGGAAGCACCGUCUCCACGCGGCGCCCGUGGUUUGAAGGCCUCGACACGUGGGCUGAACAAGAAGACCAAGGACGCUGGGACAGCGGAGUCACAAGCGACAGCUCGACGCGGGGUUCUUCACAAGGAGGAAGAAUAACUGGGAGUAUUUCAGUGAUUGGAGGGGCUCGAGAUUCAUCGACGGACGAGGGGAGAAGCGAACUGACCUCGGCGUUCUUGGACGCGAACGAGCGCGAGAGACACCGCCACUCUCAAAACGAACGGGAAUCGACCGAGACGUCUUCGUGUCUCUCAGGACGAGACGUGGAAGGCGGCGUAGACGAGGCACCUCGCAUUGAAGGGCUUCGAGGGGGCGUCGACGUGAGCGACCCUUUAGUGAGGAGGGGGCAACCGCCACACAGGGAGGCGCCACAGAUAUCCCUCGGCGACAACGACGAGCACCCGCACUUGCCUUCUCUUCCUUCUCGCAGUGGGCCGACGCAGGCGCCUCCUACCUCUUCGUGUCUGCCCAUGCAUGUCGGUGGUGGCGCCGUAUUCGCUCUGAAAACUCGACGGUGCGUCCUGAUUGUUCACCAUACUUUCUUUGGGUUUGAGUGCCCGGCGGCGCCCUCAUCCAACUCGUUUCUUUCUCGUCGCACGUCUGCCUUGGAUCGGGCCUCGCAGCUGCGCUACCCACGGGUUGCGGGCCCUGUCUCUGGCUGCGCUUCUUCCUUUUCUCCGACACCUGCGGCGGGCAGCUGCUUUCAAUCUCCUGGGAGCAGAAAGUUAGGGCGAGAGGGUGGCCAGGCCCUCCCGACACAGGAGCAGCUCGAGAGUCGAUACUCGAGGACCUCGAAGCCUGCGGAGUUGUCUCACUCGGAUCUGGGUCACCUACAGGACCCCAGUGCGCCAGCGAGGUGGGCGCCUGAGCCUUUGCCUGUGUGCGACCGCGAGGCCGCUGGCAGACGUGUAUCUGACCCUAUUGUCUCGUCCAGUUCGUCCUCGAUCUCGCACUCAACUUCAUUUUCGGCAUCGUCGAGUUUCCCCGAGAUCUCAGGCGUUGGGGCUUCUGGCGGUGGCUCCCGGAAGGCCCGCCGAGCCGCGGCCUUCUCGCGGCGGGUCCCCGGCACUCUCUGCGUCUCGCGCUGGGGCCUCCGAGGUGCCGGCAUCCCUGCAGAGCCUACCAGAGACGCCGAGCGCGACUUUGACGCGGGGCGGGCGCUCGUUGGGCACGUCAGCCGCGAGGGAUCGGAGAUGGAGCUGCGAGGAAACGAGGGAGGCUACAGGCAGUGGUCACUCCGUGGGGGUCGCGGAAGCGCCGCCUUGGGCCGUGUCUCUCCUGCAGCCCUCGCGCUGCUUUGCGGUGUCCGAGUCCCUCCACCUGUCCCUGAGCCCCAGUCGCUCGUUCUGCCCUGCGUCCGCGUCCCUGGAAUCCGCGUGGAAGUUCUCCGGGAGAACGAGAGAGUGAGCGAGCAGGAGGGGCAGGGCGGCCAGAAGCGCGGCGAGUCCGAUGAGGGCGCUGGAAGCCGCGACCCACAUGCGGACGGCGCCCGUCGUGCCCGGCGAAGCGUGUCUGGACGUCCAAGGGGGACAGCCGGACCUUCUUCUUCAGCAUCUGGUGGGCAGGAAGCGCUCUCUUCUCUCGCCACUUCCUCUGCUUCGAAACCUAGAAUCGGACGCAUGCAACUCUUCUGCAUCGUCAGUGCGCCGACUGUCUUGAUCUCGCCAUCGACCUUGGUAUGCUUUCACCACGUCAUGCUCCUCGCGGAUGCGUGUCGGGCCCUCCUGCUAUCUUUCUGCGAGCAGCUUGGUGAGGUCGCAGCGCUCGCGACCGCCACAAAGAGUCGCCGGGAGGCCACGGUCGGCCAGCGCCGGCGCGUCGGGGGAUCUGAUGCCUCCGAGCUGUCUUGCAAACCCUCGGCUCCUCUCGUGGUGAUCGACAUGACGCUGCUCUGUGUCGACCCUCAGGCAAAUGCGCACUUCAUCGAGGCUGCUCAAACCACCGCUCCGCCCCUUCCGCUCUUCUCCCCGGCGCGCGGCAAUGUGGCGCCUGUCGCCAGUCCUUUCGCGGUCUCAGGGUCUGCAAGUCUCGCCUUCGGAAGCACUGCCCUCCCAGCCCGUCCACGCGACCCGCCAGCGUCUCUGGCCACCUGGGAGGCCCCCGUGGCGGUCGAUGACGACCUUCUCCAGCUGCCUCGAGAUGUGUUUUGCCGGGUCGCAGGCGGCUCGUAUAUCGCCGCCUCGCCUUGGCUGUCCACGCUCCGCGUCGGCGUCGACUGGUCGGCCUUGAAAGCGGACGGUACGGAAACACGCGACAAGUGCCUUGCGCUGCCCUCGCCCUCGCCUCUGCUUUUGCCCGGACAACUCAGACAAGAAAGCGCCCACGCCGACAUGCUUCCUCUUCUCCAGCCGUACGCGAAAAUUCGAUGCGGUGCCUGGCUGCACCACCAGCUGCUCGCACCACGCCUCACAGGCAGUGGGGGCGCAAGCGACUCCGAGGCCGACGACGCGGAGAGCGAGAGAAGAGCCGGGGAGGAAGAAGGCGAGGAGACAGACGGCGAAGGCAGAGCUGAGGUGGGGAGGGGCGACAGCGGACAUCUGGCAUCAAGAGAAGUGCGGAGACAGGAAGAGCGAAAGAAGGGCCUAGGAGACAGAGUACAGUUUGGAACCUCGUCUGACCCGUGCGAGGCCGCGACGGCGCGGGAGACAGUGGAGACAUCCCAGAGCGAAAUUGCGAUUCGUGAUUUCCGAGGCACGAAGAGGCACGAGAAGCAAGGCUCCUGGGGGUUGCUGAAGACACCGCUGGGACCCGAACCUUCGCCUUUCUUCAUGCCGCUGGAUGCGGAACCUGGACCAGUUGGCGGUCCGAAGGCAUGUGGCUCGGCGUCUUGCGACGGGUCGAGAUCCCGAGUCAAGCGAAGUGACUCAGCAACUCACUCAACGACUAACGGAUCAGACACGCUUCUGUUUUCAGCUUCCUGCUCUACCCCGUCAGAUUUCUGCAUGCCUUAUGUGGACAGAGCCGACGACGCAUGCUCUCCCGUGCCAGCGUCUUCCUUUCUCCUCCGGCCGCUGCCCAGCGACAGUCUGCUCUUUGCGGCACCCAUUGAGGCCCCAGGGGCUCCUGUCUCGCUCGCACUCAUGUGCGAGGCAGCCCGGCGGCAGGGCUGGGGCGACUGGCGACGGGGAGAAUGUCUCGAGGUCUUUCCGUUGGAAGCGGAGGAAGCGCGAGAGGCCCUCGCCGAAGAAAAGGCCCUCGACGAUCUCCGGUGCUCUCUGAGGGACCGAACCACUGCGCAGUUGAUUCUAUCGGCCGCCCAGAUCGCUGUGAAGUGCCGAAUAAAGAUUGGAGAUCGCGAACAGACUUCUUCCACGUCGCCCCUCGCCUCCAGAAUCUCCGUUGACCUUCUGUGUCGGGUGUCGCCGCUCUGCGGCUCUGUGGCGUCUGUAGCGGCGCCCGGCGGCCUGCUGUGGCACCGCGGGGCACGACCUGAGCGCCGGGGACAGCGGCUGUCGCUUUCAGAAGAUGUGCGCCAUCAGCGACCUCACCAGAGAAAUCCAAAAAGCAAUGGAAGGGCGGGAGGCGAGCGGCGAACGAAGGAAAGAAGGGCCGCGCGGGCGGCGGGAGGGAUCGGGUCUGGCGAAGGCAACGAAGCGCACCGAACAAAGCCGGGCGCCUGGACCCGAGAUGUCAAGAGCUUCAAAGAUGGCAUGCACCACGUUGACUCUGUGCUACGCGCGGCGUCGGAGAGCGACGUAGAUGCCGAGUUCUUCGACAUGCACAACCGCUCUGUCUCCUGCUCGUCAGUGGAGUCCUUCUACUCACUGUGGAGUCCGGGGCGCGACCUAGACGAGAGCACAACGACGCGGCUGCAGGCCGCCUUCCCUGAGGGGUCGAAGCGACGCCAGACGCAACAGCUGAGUCACUCGGCUGCCCCUGCUGCAUCCUCAAGGCCUUCGGCUCUCCGUUUUCCGAAGAGCAAGGACAAAGCCUCCGGCGGUCUGCACUUCCCCGUCGCGGCAGGCGGCGACGUGUCAAGGCUGCCUCUCUCGCUCCUCAGUCUCGGCUCCGAGGCAAUGGAGCGAGGCGAGCGACGAGGUGAGUCGCAGCAGUCUGCUGAAGUCUGUGGGGCGUCGAAGGUUAUGCCCUCGGGUCUGCUCCGGCAGGCUCGCAGCUUCCAGCGUGCCAAAGACGCCACGUACCAGCGACGGCGCAUCGGGCGGAAGGCGAUUGGGCAGCGAACCGGCGAAAGGCGGCUGUCUCUGGAAAGCGACGGAGACAGUGAGGUGUCAGCAGAGAGGCGAGCUGUGUGCCCCGAGGCCCACCUUCAGUCAGGGGGUUUGGGGAUGCGCAAGAAGCGCGUUGGGCAAAAACGCAGUCGAGGGGCGCGGCGCCUGGGCAAGGCGGCUCGUCGACUAGAAGAGCGUCUCAGCCGGUCCCGCGAUUGUGGCCGCGGGACGAAGCAGCGGAACGAAGUUGAAUGUGAGGUGAGCCACAAUGCAGACUCACACGAGAUGUUCACAAGCUCCGACAGCGAAUCCUGGAGUUGGGCCUCCGAUACCGAGGAUGUGGAGAGCACAGAGACAGGAGAGACCGAGAGACAGGGAGAACGAGACUCUCGGCCCCGUUCCGCGCAGGCUCAAGCGACCAGCCUUGCGGGGCACCGCCUGGCAGAGUCGCGUCUGGUGUCCGGGAAAAGCCGUUUCAAGGGCAGCGUGUCGCGCCUCGCAGACUCUUCGGCGUCUGCCGCCUAUCCACAAGCCGCUCUGACAGCCAGCAUUCAGCAGGCCGGCCCCUGCGAUAUCACGCGAAGCGCCAGUCACAAGGGCGACGCUAGGCGUGCUUCGGUGCGCCUAGGCCUCGCGAAAGCCUUCAGCGCGCUUCUGGCCGGUCCUGCGGCGACGCAACAGGCGUCAAGUGCUGAGUCGCAGACAAGCGGACACCGCGACGCCGCGGGAGAAACGAAGGCGAGCCUGACAAGCGUGACUCAGGCACAGACCGUCCAGACACCCGAGGGGAGUUCCAGAAAGGGCCAGCGUCGCGGAUCUUCGUCUCGCUCGCCUGCUCGGGAAGCGCGCCAAGGCCGGAGCGACAGUGGAGACACGGGACCGACGCAUGCAAAACGGCGAGCUGCCCACGGCGGAACGCAGGCCGCGGGAAGGCCGCGGCAGGCGCGCCGAGCGUCCGGAUCGGGUUUCUGCGAGGUGCCGCACCGGUACACUUCCAGCAGCGUCGCUAAGCCUCUCUUGUGGCUCUCCGAUCUGUCUCUGAUGGCCGAGACGGGCCUGCCGAUGGGCCGCUCCUCCAGCCGCUUGUUUUGUCACACGUGUCUCCUGGUGUCGAGUGCCGACGUCUGCCGUCUGUUGCAGCACCUCACACACUCCUUUCUGUUGGUGCGCACAGUGAAGCUCAAGGGCCGGGCUCCGGCGCCGAAGAAGAAGGCCCCACUCUCCCACCUGUCGAUGAAGGCAGCCCCAGGCGCUGGUAAGGGAGCUGAAUCCGCGCUGUUGACCGCACACCCGCAGCCGCUUUUCACCGGCGGAGAAAAGCAACCCAGUGCGGCUUCGCUUGCUGCCGGCAAGGUCUCCCGCGGCGCCAUGGCGGCCUCCGCUGCUGCAGCCGCCGCGUCCGCCGCAGCUGCGGCGAUUCGCGGGGCAACGGGGGGGCUGUAUUCAGUUGUUUCGAGCUCGCGGGCGAAGCGCGGACCAUUUGACCCCGCUGCACUCCUGGAAAACAGAGAAGAGGCUGCGGCUGCGGGCUGUCGCGGCAACCCAGCCAGCGAGGUGGGUGGAGGCCUAACCGACGCUGCGUUUCCCGCGGCGCGCAGAGGACGCGUCGCCAGUCGCCACAGACACAAAGGCGAGAACGACCGGGGCGCCGGCCCCGGCUCGUCCAGCGAAGACGAGGAGGAAGAAGACCUCGUUUCGCGGUACGGAGCCGAAGGCGAGGGCACGAAGGACGAGGAGGCAAGCGAGUUGGGUCUCGCCUCGAUCAAAGAAGAUCAGCUGAGCUCCUUCGCGUCGCCUCCGCCUGCCGGCCCCUCCCCACCGGCGACGCAACCCCGAGGGCAGAUCCGGGGCAACGCGAGCAAGUCCGGAGCGAAAGAGCGCGGCGCCUCGCUGCCGUUCGCCGCCCGUGACAGGCCUCCGGCCCCGGCGUCUGCGCCGACCCAGCCCCGCCGAACGAACCUCUUCCGGACGGCCGCCAUUCGCCGGCAGCUGAUCGCCUACCUCCAGGCCGAGGAAGAACGAGAGAGCGGCCGCAGCGCUGUCGAGGCGCAGACGCAAGACGCCUGUGUUGACUCGGACCGAGAGCGAGGGAGAGACCCGGGGACGUGCUGGAGCCAGCGUGUUUCCACAGGGGGCAAGGCCGCUCCUCUUCCGAACUGGCCCUCCCGGAGGCCGCGCUGCUUCAGUGCAGACGGUCGGGGUCGCGGCGGGGUGGCGGCUUUCGCCGCAGCAGCCGCCGCGGCCGCGGCUGCAGUUGACGAAGAGCGAGAGCGGCGAGAGAGAGAAGCGAACGGCGAGGUUUUUGAUAGAGGCGUUAUGUGGGCGUGGCGUGAGGCGUGCGAAGCCGACGCACUUAAACGAGAAGGAGACGCGAGACGUGGAGAGAGUCAGCCGAAAGAAGAAACCUCAAAACCAAAUCCGGCUGCACCUGGAGAAGAAAAAGUCAUCCUCGCGGACGUCCUCAUCAACGAGGUCUGCUGGUCCCUUCUCGCCGGGCCCAAAAACCUUCCCUUCUGCUGCUUCACUAGCCGCAGACUCUCCGCCGCCACCGCCCUCCAGGGAUCGAAAGAACACCGCACCAGCCUCGAGGUUGACUUGGCCGAGUGGAGCAUCCUGCAGCUCUUUCCGCGAGAUGUGCCAGCAGUCACCGCGCAAGGUUCCGUCCACAAUUCUCCAACUCGCAGUGGACCGCAGAUUUCUUUUCCGUCUUCCUGUUCUGCUCAUAUCGCCUCCGCCUACCUCCCUCCGGGUUUCCUUGCGCCUCCGCCGGGCCGCCGGCGCCCCAGUUGUGCCUCAACUUCUUCCGCGUCUUCAACAGCUUCUUCAGGUUCGUCCCCUUCCGCUGCGUCCUCUUCCGUUUCGUCUUCUUCCUUUUCGUCCUCUUCUUCACUUCUCUCUUUGGGGAGAGCUGUCUCCAAGGGUCCUGCAGGGACUGCGGGCGCACCUGUGUCAGCUGGGGCCCCACGCGGGGCCUUAGAGGGCCUGUCCCCUCUUAGCGGACCUCCGUCAAGCCGGGUGCCGCCUUCUGAAGCACGCCCGGGCGACGUCGUCGCUUCUGCUCCUCCCGAGUCUCCUGAUUCGUCUCCACCUCGGCCUUGCGCGACUGCGUCUCCUGCUUUUCCUGCCUCUGCUGCCUCCGCGUGUUCUCUCUUUUCUUCACCUUCUGUGCUGCAUGCGCCCGCUUGUCCAGAGCGGCUCUCAGAAAGCUCUUCGGCCGCCGCUGUGCCUGCGACCUCCUCGCCUUCCGGCCUAUACGCUCUGGACCUAGACAGGGCGACGAGUAUUCUCUUCUCCAGCGGCGGAGACCCCCCUGGCGUAAUAAGCCAGGUCCGAGGUCGAGCGCGGCAGGCGACUGCGCCGCGGCUCUCUCUGCAGACUGAGAAGGUGAAAUCGCUUCUCAGAGGUCUGGGAAAGAGGCGAAGGAGUUCUGUCGAGGGCUCUGAAAGCCGCGUCGAGCGUGGGGGAGACCUCGGCAAAACGACGGGACCCUCCAGCACUGUCUCUGACAACGCCCAGGGCGACGCGGCGAGCAGCAUCAGUUCUUCCUUCUCUGUCCCUGGCAGAACACGGUUCUCUACGUUUGGCGUACGCGAUCGAGCCUUGCAGGUGCUAGGAGGUCUACGAAGAAAGAAAAAAGUGGACGCGAGUGACGACGCAGAUCCCCAGAUGCCCAUGCAGGAAAUCGCGUCGGCGAAGUCCAGCUUCGCAGACACCGGCUCGGCGUCCGAAGUGAUCGGAGGCGAACGGGCGCCUGAGGGCGGGUCUCUGGUCGCCUGGGAGGACGAUGACGAUGGGAGACACGACGGUGACAUGUUCGGAAACAUGUGCACACAGCAAGAAGGGAAGAAAGACGGCCUCGGGGAGGAGGACUGUGGGGGUCGGCAUCGAGACGCAGACCGCGGAAGCCCUAGCGCGGCUGAGGGUGAGUUUGUGGAGGACGGGGGCGAGAAGCGCGGCCAGAAAGGGUCCAGAGACGAGAACAAAGAGAGAGAGAACGAAGAAACGGCCGAAGCAAGAGGCGACGACUUCGGCGAGGGCGAAAGCUCAAGCGGCGUCGUCUCUGCGGAUCCCUCGUCGCGGUCGAGUUCUACUCGAGACCUGCCUUUCUUCGUGCCUUUCCCCUCCUCACGCUUCAUCAGUCGCGCAAAGGCGACGCACGGCAUCCCCUCGCCCCAGAGUGUCUCCUUUUCGCCAGCGGCGAGUUCUUCGCCGCCGGUCUUUGGACCCGCUGCGGCGUCUCCGGCUGAGGCGCCGUUUCACGAUGACGGCGAGUCCGCGCGCUCCUUCCCCAUGCUGCCUCUCUGUGCAUCAAAGGCAGAGUCAGCACUCGGAAUCGAAGAUCACAACGAAGGGGAGAACGUUCGGCUCCAAGCCCUCGUGGGUGAUGCGGCGCAGCCCUUCAGCGGCUCGCGCGGAGCCACGCUUCCGCCCCUGGCCUCCGGUUCGCAGUCCCACAGCAAGUUCGUGGGCGCUGCCACCGAAUGGUGCAGGCGCCAGAUGGACAUGAGGCUAAAACGGAGAGGCAAAGCGUCUGCUAGGGCUACUCCUAACGCGACCGAGACAGAGCGAGGUCUCUCAUCUAUCGCCGCUUCUUCUCUACCCCCUGGAACGAGAACUCCGUCUGGUGAAGACCGUAGCGCGGCCGCGAACACGAAGCCCCGCGGAAGGAGACACCGCGUCGGCAGUGAGGACGACGGCGGCAUUCACGGCGAGAGCAAGCGAGGCAAAGAUGAGCGCAGAAAGUCGCGGAGAAAGACCGGGGACCCUUCCUCUGCGGCAGAAGACGUGGAGGAAACAGACUCCUGGGGGGACGAAGAGCGACGUAGCAGGCGAAGCCUCAAAUGGGAAGACUCAGAAGGGGAUGGGGUUGCAGCGUCGACAGAAAGCGAAGACGAGACACUGACUCGAGUUUAUUCCAAGAAGAAGCAUGCCUGGAGGCGACACCACGAAGGCGAAAACAGAUACUGGUCUGACGCACCGUUCUCUGCAGCCGAACUCCUCAUGCUUCUCUUUCCACCUGGCGCUGUCGCCUCUCCUGUGAUAACGCCGCUCCUCGACGUCCUCCAUCCCAACUCUGCGGUCGAUGACGAACAAGACGUCUUUCUGGACCUCUCUGCGUACCGAACCGCCUUCUUUCUCCAGAGCUCUGGCGGAGCCACUUCCUCCCAAGGCGGAGGCGGCUCGCCGUCGUCCGGCUCUCCACUCUCAGCCACACGGCCGGGAAGCGCGCGAAGGGGGCGCGGCGAGAGCGCCGAAGGUUCAAGCCAGUUCGGCCCCGUGCGCAACGUCGAAAGCAGAUUGCAGACGAAGGACGACUGGAAAGCGGCGUCGUUCGACUGGAAUGAAGACUUGGAAGGCCGGCAAAGGGGCAAACUGCUCCAGCAACUUCUGGGAGACCCGCAAGGCAGCCGCGGACCGAGAUCGAAAGUCUCCGCUCAUGCAAUCUCAAUCCGGUGCAGCUGGCGAUUCGUCGACCUCGGCGGCGCUGUCUGGCAGGUAUUCGAUUCCCUCAUUCUGCACAUCGACCCCCUUCGCGUGCGCUUGACUGCCGCCCUCGUGGAGCAGCUCUACGGGUUCUUCUUUCCGCCAUCGUCUGCUGCUGCGCCUGUGGCAGAUCUUGCGCUGCCUUCUACUCAUCCGAAGGCGAAGAGCGCGGGCAGUGCGGCCUCUGUGGGUCAGAGCCACUCAAAUCUGAUGUCUUCUGCCAGCGCCCCAAAGGGCGCGAAGGCGGCGCUCGCCGGCCCCGCCAGCGACGACGGCCAGACCAAGAUGGCGUCAGGUUCCGGGGCGUCGCUGCCCGCAUCAGCUCAGUCUCUCUCGCAAGACGAGAGAGGCGCUGAGGACCGGGAAGCGAGAGGAAAGAGCGAAACUGGGAGUCUUGACGCGUCUGCCUCGGACCCGGCAGGUGUUGUCCCUGGCGCUGUGGCUCGCCCCGCUUCUUCGCCGCCAACGUCGGCCUUUAUCCAGCCGGGUGCGUCUGCGUUUGUAGGCAGCGAGGUCAGCAAAGCCAAUUUCGCUCAGGCAAACACUUCGUACGCCCCGUCUGCGCCGUCCCUCGUUUUCAUCCGGCACGUACGCAUCUCGCCAAUCGUCGCGCUUGUCCGGUACCGGGGCGCCGUGAACCUGAAUGACGUUCUCCUCGAGUUCAAACCCUUCGUUCAGAGAGACAAGCUGAAGACGUGGAAGGCCAUGGUCGACAAGUACAUCUGGUUUGUGGGCAGACAGGCAACUGGUCGCGUGAUCAGCCACAAACUGCGAGACCUCAUCGUUCGGCGAAAGAAGCCAGCGCUCUUUAAUCGAAGCAGAGGAUCCAGGAAGUCAGUCGGAGGUGUGCAGUUGGGCAUUGGAUCCCUAGGAGCGAUUAGGGCUCAUGUGAGUGUUUCCGAAAUGAGAAAGAAGCACAUUCUCUUCGGGACAAAGUUAUAAGAGGGAGAGCACGCAUGUUGCUGAGGCCGAUUGUCUUUUCUGCUCUUCAUUACCGGCUUUUCACUCUUCUUUCGAACGACAGUGUGUGAACGGAAAAGAUUUCAUGUUGAUGGACCCUUCUUUUCUGCUUUUCUGCGUCCGUACACAACCUCGUGGUCCGUACGUGUCCAGGAUAUCUAUGGUGUCGUACUAUGCGAGCAACGAGACAGCAAAUCAGACACUCCAGAUGAACCGACGAGAGUUUCAUAGGUCAUAC